GAAUGUCCAGCAGAUGGCGGCAGCAAAAAAAAGUAAAGUCAUGUGUUGUAAAAACGUAAACAGAGAAGAAGAAGGCUCUGAAAACAAAUCACUUCCACUAUGUAAAUGGGUGUUUUCAUCGUUAAUAUGUUUGCCUGAAGUGCUUUACGUACUCCAGAGGGGACGUUUUGCAGUUACAGCUCUGCACAGUCCUCCUUCACAUCUGUGGCGUCCAGCAUUGCCCUCCCAGUCCUCUGUGGCUGUGCAGCUAGCCGGCUGGCUAACAGCAGCUAACCGCAGCUCGUCAAACUUUUCAGCACCGGUGAGGGAAAAUGGACCCAGGUGUUUUAACGGCCAUUUCCAAAGGUGACUCCUUACCUCUGGCGUCACUGCGCCUCCUGGUGCCACCUUUGCAGCUCAUGACAGCAUCCAUGUGGCAGGUGCUGAAGAGUCGGGAUGUCAUGAACUACUGGAGGGUGGCUGAGUUUGUCUCGUGCGUGCUGGACAUGGUGCCGGAGCUGCUAAUGUACAAACACAGGACUCAACUUAACCUGGGAUUACGAGCCAGGUAUAUUCUUGAGUUGUGCCGAAGUGAACAGCUCGUAAAACCUGAGUUCAUCUUGACUUACCUGGACCAGAUUACCUCACCACACCACACCCUGGUGGAUGGUAAAGAAUCAGAAGAGGAAGAAGUCAUGGCCAACUUUCUUGAGUUGAUUCAGACUCUGCUCAAAGAUCCUGAGGAGAGACGAGACUUCUUCUUGGAGGUCUUCCCUGCAGAGUAUGGACCUCAGUAUGACAGUGACUUGCAGACGCUGUUCUGGGAGUUUCUCUGUCGACUGACUCAGCUGCUGCCAGUUCCCGACCUCGAACAGACUGUUUCCUGGCUGGGAGCUGAAUGCUCCGUGAUGGACGACUGUGUGCAGUCAGUCUCUGAGCCCACAGACCUGAAAAAUCUGCUCCAGCACCACAAACGCCUCGGACAUUUAGAGCAGCACGUUCCACCUUCUAGUAUGGGCGACAGCAUCCUUUCCUCGCUCUCCGCCGUUCUCCCAAGCAAAAUGUCAAAACCUGUAGAACAGCCCAACCAAUCAGAUUCACUGCAAGGCCUCAGUGAAGACACACACACUGUAUCGUUUGUGGAUGAUGUAGCGGUUGAAAUAAUUACAGUGACGGACUAUGCAGAGGUUGAAUUAGGCGCGAGCGCUGACAUCGAGGUGGUGAUGGGAGAAAGCUGCUUUGAAGGAACAGAAACUUGCUCAGUGGUGGAAGAUUCGCUGGUGGUGCUUCCUGAAGAGAAGCCCAGAGAAGAGGAAGCAGGUGAAGCAGAGGAAGCAAUGCCAGAAAAAGUUUUGAAAAACACUUGUUUAGAAGUGAACAAGGAUGAGUCAGCGUCGCAACAUAAGAUCCCCGUGGGACCACACGACUGCCCCGACUGUGACAAGAAAUUCAAGUUUGCCUCCUCUCUAAUCGCCCACAGGGUCAUCCACACCGGAGAGCGUCCACACCGCUGCAGUGACUGCGGCCGCUGCUUCUCCUUCAGGCAGUCCCUCGACAGGCACAAACACACCCACAAAACAGGACGAAAGUACGACUGCGUCAUCUGCGGGGAGACCUUCCAGUCCCUGUCGGCUCGUACAGAGCACAAGCAGACACACAUGGAAAAAGGUGUUUACGCAUGCUUUCAGUGCAGCAAGAAGUUCAACUGGGAGAUGGCACUUGCAAGGCACCUAAAAACUCACAUUGAUGAUAUUAACAAUUCCAACAAGCCUACGGGGAGCAGUGAAGACGGGCAGGAGCCUGAAGACAACAUAAGUGAUGCUAACGUUGCUGAAGCUGAAUGCCAGGUGCAAGCAGAUGGUAAUGGUGAUGAGCAUCCAGAGGGUUGGAGCAAUGAGUGUCCCGCCUCUGAACUGGAAAAUGAUGUCAUCUCUGCAGUCAAGAUCCGCACAAGUGGGCGCAAACGCAGGCCGACCAUGAAGAUCCAGGUGAUCAAUUUACAGAAACGCAUGACCACCAAAAGAAGGAAGGAGAUGACCAGGGUGAACCCUCCAGCUCUGAAGCCGCUACCUUUCAACUGUGCAGAGCACUCUUAUGGGUCAUCUACAGUCUCAUCAAAGGAUGGUGAUGAAAGUUCUGCAGCAGAUGGUGCACCGGCUGCUUUCUCCUGUCCCAAGUGCUCCUUCCACCACCCAGAAGAAGUGCAGGUCCAGCAGCACAUUGACAAAGUUCACUCUGUUGAGACUGUGGAGGACAAGUCGUCCCUUCAGGGCCUCAUAGAUGAAGAGGGACAUUUUAGUUGUGCAGACUGUGAGAAGAACUUCAAGUUCCAGUCCUUACUGAAAGCCCACCAGCGCAUCCACACGGGGGAGCAGCCCUUCUUGUGCUCUCAGUGUGGACGCCGUUUCUCCUUCAAACAGUCGCUGGAGAGACACAAGCAGACACACAAGUCCGGACGCAGGUACGAGUGUCUGAUCUGCGGGGAGUUCUUCAAGUCUCUGGCUGCUCAGAGGGAACACAAGAGCACCCACAUGGAGAAUGGGGAGUACUUGUGUUCAGAGUGUGGCCGGGCGUUCACCUGGAAGUCGGCGCUGGUGAGGCACCUGAAGACUCAUGGCGUGGAUGCUGACAAAGCAGAGCAUUCGUACAAAUGCCCUCGCUGUGACCUGGGCUUCAGCUGUGCCAGCUACCUCAACAGGCACCUCCAGACUCAUCAGGAGGAAAGAGUCCACACCUGCAACUGUGGAAAGAGCUUCGCUUACCGGGCGGCUCUCACCGCACACCAACGCAUUCAUCAGAAAGAGCGGCCACACAUAUGCACACAGUGCGGCAAAGGCUUCCUCUACAAGGGUGGUUUGCUGAGCCACAUGAAGAUCCACUCGGAGGAGAUGCCCUUCAUGUGUUCAUUCUGCGGCAAGAGCUUCAAGAGGGAACGCAACAUGAAGAAACACGAGCGCUGCCACACCAGGGAAAACGUUUUCAGCUGCUCGCAGUGCGACAAGAGUUUUGUCUACAAGGCGACGCUGAUCAGACACGAGCUGACGCACUCGGGCGAGAGGCCGUACCUCUGCUCUGACUGUGGGAAGGGUUUCUUCUCCCAUGCAGAGCUUUUAAAGCACGAGCGUUUCCACACGGGUCACAAGCCUUUCCAGUGUCCCCACUGUGGCAAGAAAUUCACUCAGUCGUGCUACCUGACCAUCCACCUGCGCUACCACACCGGAGUCCGACCGUACUCCUGCACCGAAUGCGACAAGAGCUUCCUGAGCGCCAACCGCCUGAAGAGACACCAGAGAACGCAUUCAGGGGAAAAACCGUACCUCUGUGUGGAAUGUGGGAAGGGAUUCAGACAAUCUUAUAAUCUGAAAAUGCAUCAGAGAACACAUGUCAUGAAGUUAACAUAGACAGCUAGGACUUUAUCUUGUUGAUCUGGAGAUUAAUGUUCACCCAAUUUAAGUUGUUUAGGAUAAUGGCUUAUAGAUUAGACUUCAACAAAAGCAGCUGUAGAAUUACUGUCUCUAUGUACCUGCAUUAAACUGCAACCACUAGAGAAGAUUUUCCAUUAUACUGAAUGCAUUUGAUUUCCAGGCUGUGUUGCGAUUAAAGCACCUUGAGCACA